CUGGCCGGCUGCUUGUCGCCGACUCCACCCCUCCUGCAGACGAAGGCAUGGCGAGCACCGAAGCUAGAAGGGAGUGUGAGACAGAGGGCUGCAGUAAGGACGCCAAACUUCAGUGUCCCACAUGUAUCAAGCUUGGUAUUCAAGGCUCCUAUUUCUGUUCACAGGAAUGUUUCAAAGGAAGCUGGGCGUCUCACAAGCUGCUGCACAAAAAAGCCAAGGAAGACAAGAACCAGAAUGAGUCUAAGAACUGUGUGGAAAGAGACAUCAACACAGACCCAUGGUCUGGCUACCGCUACACAGGAAAACUACGCCCUCACUACCCACUGACUCCAAUGAGGCCUGUGCCUGGUGACAUCCACAGACCCGACUAUGCUGAUCAUCCCAGAGGGAUGUCUGAGUCUGAGCAGGUUUUGAAGGGAACAUCGCAGAUCAAGAUCCUAUCCCCUGAGGACAUUGAAGGCAUGAGGGUCGUGUGCAAACUGGCACGAGAAGUCCUGGACAUUGCAGCUGUGAUGGUGAAACCGGGUGUAACAACAGAGGAAAUUGACCACGCUGUGCAUCUGGCCUGUACAGCAAGGAACUGCUAUCCCUCCCCUCUCAACUACUACAACUUCCCCAAAUCCUGCUGCACAUCUGUUAAUGAAGUCAUCUGUCAUGGCAUACCGGACAGAAGACCACUGCAAGAAGGAGAUAUCCUCAAUGUGGACAUUACCGUCUACCACAACGGUUUCCAUGGUGACCUCAACGAAACCUUCUUUGUCGGAGAGGUGGAAGAAGGAGCAAAGAAACUGGUUCAGACUACAUAUGAAUGCCUUAUGCAAGCCAUUGACUCUGUGAAACCUGGAAUUCGAUACAGAGAGUUAGGUAAUAUCAUCCAGAAGCAUGCUCAGGCCAAUGGUUUCUCUGUGGUGCGAAGCUACUGUGGCCACGGCAUCCACAGACUUUUCCACACCGCUCCCAAUGUGCCACAUUAUGCCAAAAAUAAAGCAGUUGGAGUUAUGAAGCCUGGCCAUGUAUUCACCAUUGAGCCCAUGAUAUGUGAAGGUGGCUGGCAAGACGAGACGUGGCCUGACGGCUGGACGGCAGUGACCAGAGACGGGAAGCGCUCGGCUCAGUUCGAACACACUCUGUUGGUGACGGAGACCGGCUGCGAGAUCCUCACCCGCCGCCUGGAGGACAACGGACGCGCUCAUUUCCUGAGCCAAAUGUAGGCCGGAGCGGAACGCAGCAAGGACUGGACUUUUCCAGACACCCAGCAACUCUGGGUCUCACACACAAAAACACACUCAAAACACGCAUCUCAAAUCAAGAGGCACCACUCCUCGAACUCAGCAUGAGUGCAGCUCUCAUGGUUUUUGAAUUAAAUAUCGGUUCCUCAAUCUAAAUGGAAGUACUUGAAUGUGUCUUAUAACAAAUGUGGAUUGCUUUAUUAGUGAAAACUGUAUCCUCUGGAGGAAAUAUAACAAAGUAUUUAUGAGAUUUGGUGUCACUUAGUGGGCUGGCUUGCCAUUGGGCCUGUUUUAAACUCUGGCUCACCCAGAGCUUUCACUGGCUUACUAGUUGUUGUCUAUGGUCUGGUGGAGCUCAGGGCAAAUUCAACUAGUACGCCAUGCUUCGCUUCUUUUCUUUCGGCCUCUGCUAACACAGUCACAUCUUUUGAAUUUACCAGAGAUGGAUUGAAAAGAAUCAGCAAUACUAGAGGCACACCAAAUAGUAACUCAAAAAAUUUAAGCAGAAGAACAAGUUCAUAGUUCUUAAGUUCUUAAUUCAAGUUUGCAAAUAAAGCAUGCUCAGGCAGCCAUAUUGGAUCUUGGAUCUUCAGUGCCGAUGCAACAGAAGCAGAAUUCAGUUAAUUUUCUAAAGAUUUUAACUGGCAAUAGGUCUUUUCUUUGCUUGCCAAGAGUGACAUUAGAGAAUUGAUCCCUCUCUCAUAUCUGUUUGUUAUAUGUGAAGCGACAGAGCUUAGUCUGGCUUAAAAUGAAGGAAGCAGGGGAAGGCAGCCAGCCUGGCUCUUGCCAAAGUUCAGAAAUUAUUAUAUCUGCACCUUUGACACUCAGUAAUUAAAGUGUAACUUGUUCAUUAAAGUUUGACACAAACAAAAGUGGCAAAACUAUGGGUUAUGUGUGCUCUGUCAAGGACUGUUUCUCUGCUUUUGUUGAACUGAUUAAACAAACGACAUUAAUUAGUGAACAAUAAAAGCAGGAUUAGUCAGGCAUGCUGUCUCUUUCUUUUACCUGCUAAGCUAUGCUAGCCAUCUUCUGGCUCCGGCUUCACAUAUAACUUACAGACAUUAGAGAAAAGGAAAAAUAAUGAGUUUAUUUACUGCUUCAUACAAGAAUCUGCUUGCUAGCUGAUCAUAGUGUUGCUGUCCUAUUUGCCUGUUGAGGUGUCCAGUACACAAAGCCAAUUGUUAUAUCUUGAAUGUGGCUAUUGUUAGUGCACAUCCACUUGAGAACAUCAGCCACAGUUGCUAGGAGAAUUGUGACGUAGCCCCAGAGCAUUUACACAGAUAUCCAGAAUGAGAGUAAUGACGUGCUGAACUUGUCGGUCCUGAUUGGAGGAUUACUCCUUUAGUGUCUCAUGUUUCCAAUAGCCCCGGUGUAGCAAAUUGAGCCUUAACUUGUGAAACUAGGAAUUAAAACUUGCUGGAUAUUUCAAGGCACGUAAACUGGUGUGUCCCCCCUCCCCAUCUACUCGGCAGUCACCAUUUACAUUGAUGUGGGGAUUUUCCUGGUGCGAGCAGCAUUCAUUAUUUCUACAUUUCAGAGGACUAAUGCAAUCACAGUUUCUCUGCCAUCUUUGUAUUUCUUCUAAUGGAGUAAUAAAUGACUCUUCUGUA